UCACGGGGAAACCUUUUUUCCCACUUUUUCCCCCAAAAAACCAACCUCACGCCACCGCCUUCUUCUUGGCAACUCCCUACCGCGGGGUCGGGGUGACGCCGGUGGUCUCAGCCCACCCCCCAAAUUUGAGUGUGGGGGACGUCGGGGGGACACGACACGAGUGUGGGUUUUGUGGGAAGGGGUUUGGGAGUGAAAGCGCCCGCCAGAUCCACCUGAGGUCCCACACGGGUGAACGGCCCUACGGCUGUAGUGUCUGUGGCAACCGGUUCACCACGCGUGGCAACCUGAAGGUUCACUACCACCGGCACAGACAGAAGGUCCCCCGCCUGGCCGCGAGCCCCCAGACCACCAACAGGGGCCAGUUGGCCUCCAGCAACACCCAACUGGCCUCCAACAACACCCAGUUGGCCUGCAGCAACAACCAGUUGGCAUCCAGCAGCGUGCAACCGCUUGUCAGCACUCAACUGGCCUCCAACAACAUCCAGCUGGGCUCUGAAAACACCCAGUUGGCCUCCAGCAACACCCAGAUGGCCUCCAGCAACACCAAGUUGGCAUCCAACAUCGUGCAGCCACUUGUCAACAACACCCAGAUGGCUUCCAACAACACCCAGAUGGCUUCCAGCAACACCCAGAUGGCCUCCAACAACACCCAGAUGGCUUCCAGCAACACCCAGUUGGCCUCCAGCAACACCCAGUUGGCCUCCAACAGCAUGAAACAACUUGUCAACACCCAGAUGGCCUCCAGCAACACCCAGAUGGCCUCCAACAGCACCCAGUUGGCCUCCAGCAACAAUCAUUUGGCCUCUAGCAACACCCAGUUGGCAUCCAGCAGCGUGCAGCCACUUGUCAACACUCAACUGGCCUCCAACAACACCCAGCUGGUGUCUGGAAACAUCCAGCUGGCCUCCAGCAGCACCCAGUUUGCCUCCAGCAACAACCAGUUGGCCUCCAACAGUGUGCAACCUCUUGUCAACACCCAGCUGGUCUCCAACAGCACCCAGAUGGCUUCCAGCAGCACCCAGCUGGCCUCUGGAAACACCCAGCUGGCCUCCAGCAACACCCAGUUGGCAUCCAACAGUGUGCAACCACUUGUCAACACUCAGCUGGCUUCCGGCAACACCCAGUUGGCCUCCGGCAACACUCAGUUGGCAUCCAACAGCGUGCAACCACUUGUCAACACUCAACUAGCCUCCAACAACACCCAGUUGGCCUCCAGCAACACCCAGUUGGCCUCCAACAGUGUGCAAGAACUUGUGAACAGCCAGAUGGCCUCCAGCAACACCCAGUUGGCCUCCAACAGCAUGCAACCACUUGUCAACACCCAAACAGCCUCCAGCAACACCCGGUUGGCAUCCAACAGCGUGCAACCGCCUGUCAAUACUCAGUUGGCCUCCAACAGCACCCAGUUGGCCUUCAGCAACAACCAGUUGGCCUCCAGCAACAACGAGUUGGCCUCCAGCAACACCCGGUUGGCAUCCAACAGCGUGCAACCGCCUGUCAAUACUCAGUUGGCCUCCAACAGCACCCAGUUGGCCUUCAGCAACAACCAGUUGGCCUCCAGCAACAACCAGUUGGCCUCCAACAGUGUGCAACAACCACUCAUCAACACUCUGCUGGCCUCCAGCAACAACCAGUUGGUCUCUAGCAACAAUCAUUUGGCCUCCAGCAACAACCAGCCGGCCUCCAACAACAUCAAAUUGGCCUCCAGCGACAACCAGUUGGUCUCCAGCAACACCAAAUUUGCCUCCAGCAAUGUGCAACCACUUGUCAACGUCCAGCUGGCAUCCAGCAACAACCAGUCAGCAUCUGGCAAUGCCCAGCUGGCCUCCAACAACACCCGACUGCUCUCCAGCAACACCCAGUUGGCCUCCAACAGUACCCAGUUGGCCCCCAGCAACACCCAGCUGGCCUCCAACAGUGUGCAACUGCUUGUCAACACCCAGUUGGCCUCCAGCAACAAUCAGCUGGCCUCCAAAAACGUACAAUUGCCUUCCAGCAACACCCAACUGCUUAUCAGCACUCAACUGACCUCCAGCAACACCCAACCGAUGGCUAACAACAUCCAGCUGGCCUCCAACAACACCCAACUGAUGGCCAGCAACACCCAAUCAACCUCCAACAACAACCAGCUGAUGGCCAACACCCAAGUGAACAGCAACACCCAACUGACAGCCAGCAACACCCAACCAAGCUCCAACACCCAACUGAUGGCCAGCAACGCCCAACUGAUGGCCAACAACACCCCACCCAUCUCCAACACCCAACCAAGUUCCAGCAACACCCAACCAAGCUCCAGCACCCAACUGAUGGCCAAUGACACCCCAUCCAUCUCCAACACACAACCAAGUUCCAGCAACACCCAAACCAUCUCCAACACCCAAUUGAUGGCCAGCAACACCCCACCCAUCUCCAACACCCAACUGAUCUCCAGCAACACCCAACUGAUCUCCAACACCCAACCAAGUUCCAGCAACACCCAACUGAUGGCCAACGACACCCCACCCAUCUCCAACACCCAACCAAGUUCCAGCAACACCCAGUUGAUCUCCAAUAACACCCAGCCUAUCUCCAACACCCAACUGAUGUCCAGCAACACCCAACUGAUGGCCAACAACACCCCACCCAUCUCCAGCAACACCCAAGCCAUCUCCAACAACAUCCAACUGAUCUCCAACACCCAACCAAGUUCCAGCAACACCCAACUGAUGGCCAGCAACACCCAACUGAUCUCCAACACCCAACUGAUGGCUAACAACACUCCACCCAUCUCCAACACCCAACCAAGUUCCAGCAACACCCAAGCCAUCUCCAACAACACCCAACUGAUCUCCAACACCCAACCAAGUUCUAACAACACCCAACUGAUGGCCAGCAACACUCAACUGAUGUCCAACAACACCCAACCAAGUUCUAACAACACCCAACUGAUCUCCAUCACCCAACCAAGUUCUAACAACACCCAACUGAUAUCCAACACCCAACUGAUGUCCAACAACACCCCACCCAUCUCUAGCAACACCCAACUGAUGUCCAACAACACCCCACCCAUCUCCAACACCCAACCAAGUUCCAGCAACACCCAAGCCACCUUCAACAACACCCAACUGAUCUCCAAUACCCAACCAAGUUCUAACAACACCCAACUGAUCUCCAUCACCCAAUCAAGUUCUAACAACACCCAACUGAUCUCCAACAUCCAUCUGAUGGCCAACAACACCCCACCCAUCUCCAGCAACACCCAACUGAUCGCCAACAACACCCCACCCACCUCCAACAACACCCAACUGAUAUCCAACACCCAAUCAAGCUCUAACAACACCCAACUGAUCUCCAACACCCAACUGAUCUCCAGCAACACCCCACCCAUCUCCAACACCCAACCAAGUUCUAACAACACCCAAGUGAUCUCCAACACCCAACUGAUGGCCAACAACACCCCACCCAUCUCCAGCAACACCCAACUGAUCUCCAACACCCAACCAAGUUCUAACAACACCCAAGUGAUCUCCAACACCCAACUGAUGGCCAACAACACCCCACCCAUCUCCAGCAACACCCAACCCAUCUCCAACACCCAACCAAGUUCUAACAACACCCAACUGAUCUCCAACACCCAACUGAUGGCCAACAACACCCCACCCAUCUCCAGCAACACCCCACCCAUCUCCAACACCCAACUGCUGACCACCCCCAUACAACCUCUCCCCACCACCACCCUCCUCCUGCUGAAGACAGCCGAGCUCCAACCGAGGCCGGGUGACGAAAACACCCCUCCAUCCCAAACCCCCAAACCCAGAACCACCAGUUGGUCUCUCUUGGGUGCUACCCCAAGUUUUUGGGUCCCCCCCACUUCAGAAACCUCCAAACACCCCCAGUCGGUGACAAAAUACCCUCCAACAACAGGCGGAGGAACCCGAAUCCAAUGCCCGGUGUGCCGUCGGGUGUUGAGUUGCCAACGGGGGUCCAGGUCACAUUUUGGGGGUCAAAUCCCCUUCCGGUGUAGGGUUUGUGGGAGGGGGUUUUCCAGUCGGGGUCACCUGAAGUCUCAUUUUGGGGGUCACCGUGGGGUCAACCCAAAUACCUGUAGCGUUGGAGACGGUUUGGGGUCACAACAACGCGACCGGGGUUAUUUGGGGAGGGGGCUUCUGCCCCAAGGGGAGGGGGAACAGCGGAACCAGGAGGAGGAGGAGGAAGAGGAUGGAGAGGAAGAAGCAGGCGAAGCAGACCCCCAAAAUGGGGGGGGACCCCCGGAUGAGGAAGAGGAGGAAGAGGGGAGGAAGGGAUUUUUUGGGGUCUCCAAAAUUUAA